UUUACUUUAAGGCGUACUGGGGCGUACAAUAAAAUUACAAAUAUUCACAAUUUUAUUGAUAAAUCAUGUCUUUGAACACAAAAGACAUCGUACUCUCGGAGUCCCGGCCGCGAACUCUGCUUCUACAAAAGCAUUCCGACUACUUGGCGGGCUACGGGCUGAAUAAAGAUGAUUUCGAGUAUUGCAUGACUGAGUAUCUUCGCAUGUCGGGGAUAUAUUGGACUGUAACAGCAAUGGACCUGAUGGGGCAAUCUUCCAGGAUGCCUAAAGAGGAGAUAAUAGAAUUCAUCACAUCAUGCCAGGACAAUGAAAGCGGAGGCAUCUCGGCUAGCUUAGGCCAUGACCCACACAUGUUGUAUACGUUGAGUGCAGUACAGAUACUUGCCUUAUAUGACAGAUUGGAUGCAAUAGAUGUGGAGGGAGUAGUUAGGUAUAUCAAAUCUCUGCAGCAAGAAGAUGGCAGCUUCUUUGGAGACAAAUGGGGGGAAGUGGAUACCCGUUUCACAUUCUGCGCGGUGAUGUCCCUGUCCCUCCUAAAACGGCUGGACGCUAUCAAUGUUGACAGAGCAGUUGAGUUUGUGCUCAGCUGUAUGAACUUCGAUGGAGGCUUCGGGUCUAAACCUGGCUCUGAAAGUCAUGCAGGUUUGAUCUAUUGCUGCGUGGGUACCCUAUCUAUCUGCCGGCGCUUAGACGCGUUACGCGCCGACGAGCUCGCUUGGUGGUUGUGUGAACGGCAACUGCCCAGCGGAGGACUUAACGGGCGGCCUGAGAAGCUCCCGGAUCUCUGCUACUCGUGGUGGGUAAUGUCAUCCUUAACAAUGCUAAACCGGAUACACUGGGUUGACAAGAAAGCCCUAGAAGAAUUCAUCCUGGCCUGCCAGGACGCCGAGACCGGAGGCUUCAGUGACCGACCUGGCGACAUCACGGACCCAUUCCACACCCUCUUUGGCCUCACAGGACUCUCGCUGCUUGGCAACCCUAGCAUUAAAGCUGUCAACCCUACGUAUUGCCUACCUCAAGAAACCAUAGAUAGGUUAAGAUUAGAACCACAAGUUUUACAUAUUUAGUGUAAAGUAUAAAUUAAAUAUUUAUUAUUUAUGCAUGAAUUUGUAUAUUGGACAAAGAGUAAUAAAUAAUUUUAUAAGA